CUUAUAAAUGAGGUCAUCUGUCCUCAUCGAACUUCUUCUGCUUGCUUCUCGUGUCUCGCCAAGAUGUCUCGUCUUGCUCAGCACAAGACGUCUCCCAUCACCAAACGCGAGGUGCGAAUAGGAGAUGCCCAAGAUGAAGUCUGCCCAGUAUGCAAGAGCAGCCGCUACCUCACCCCCUCCCUCCGCUUCCUUAUCAACCCGGAAUGCUACCACAAAAUGUGCGAGAGCUGCGUGGACCGCAUCUUCUCCCAUGGCCCGGCGCAGUGUCCCAUCCCCGGCUGCCGCAAAACGCUCCGCAAAGCUCGCUUCCGAGCCCAGCGAUUCGAAGACCUGCAAGUCGAGCGGGAAGUCGACAUUCGGCGACGCGUGGCGGCGGUCUUCAACAGGCGGGAAGAGGAGUUUGAAACGCUGCACGACUACAACAACUACUUGAAUGAAGUGGAGGACAUCACGUUCAACUUGAUCAACCAGAUUGACAUCGAGGAGACGAAUCGGCGGUUUGAGGAGUAUGAGAAGAUGCACGAGCAGGAGAUUCUGGAGAACGCGAGUUUGGAGGAGAGGGAGAAGGUGGCGUUUCGGGACGCGAAGAAGGCGGAACGUGACCUGGCGAAGGAGAGGCGUGACCUGGCUCGCAAGGAAGAGGAGGAGGAAAAGAAAGAAGCAGAGGAGAACAAGCGCGAUGUGCUGAAUCGCCUCGCAGCCGGCCAGGAUGCGGAGAAAGUCACGAAGCAAGGGCAGCAGGUGACCUUAAAGAAACGCAUGGAUCGCCAGGCUGCGGCAGAGAGGCAGCGACUGUUGCAUUUGUCCGAUGCCCGCAACGGAAGCUCCAGUUUGAUCAGAGGGUUGAAGGCGAAGGUGAAAGCCGAGCCCGAGGCUCCUAUCGAUCCGUUUGGCGGUUUGAAGGUGGAGACAAAGUACUUUUCCGUCCAGGACGACUACGUCUGGGCGGGCGUGCAGGAGACCAAGGCGGAUGUGUUGAUGGGGGCUGGUGGGUACGAUGUGCGAGAGUUCACGACCAGGGCGCUGUGUGAUGCGUUCUCGGGUUUGGGCGUGUUUAUUGGCGAGGACAGUGCGGAGCGGGAGAGGAUUGGGGUGGAUGAGAAGGCCGUGGGCACCAUCACCGCCGAGCGAGGAGUGAAGAGGAUGGAGGCUGCAUCGUGACUUUGUUAAUGGUAUGGAGUUUGGUGGUGUUGUCGUUGAGAUACCCCAUAUAGUUGGAAAUGCAUAACAUGAUCUUUGCUGCAUCCUUCGUCUCGUUGUAAAUCGGUGUGGGCUGGUAGUAAUGUGGUCGAUACCUUGCAAAUCCGUCAGUCUCGCUGACCGACUGGAAAGAUCCAGCUGGUCGGAAAUGCGUUAGCAACCUGAGUAUUCAUCUCACCACACCAUCGUGAUUCACAGAGUCUACUUAGCAUAAUCAGACGCCACACAGCAUGAUCGUAGUCCUAUAUCCCAU